CUCUAUCUGAUCUGCUCACUCUCUACUCUUCCAAUAAACUCUUCUUUGCCUCCUGCUGGCUCGAGUUUGAUUUCCAUCCCGUGUGCAGCCAAGGACCCUCUUGGCUGGUCCUGUGGGACGCCUUCUGGGUCCUCAGACCCAGCUUGCCUGCAUCAUCUUGGCGACCAAAGGGACCCACAGAGGAACACUGGUAUCCCCAGAUUGAGUCUGCGAAGCACAACUUGGCUUUCAGGAACUGGAGCCAACUUUGAUACCACCUCCAAGGGAAGAAGGGGACACAUAUGCCUGCGAGCCUGUCAACGAAUUAAACCUAUCUUUUCAAGAAAAUACCUGCUACAGUGUCUACCUGGAGCUCCCAGCAUCCACCCAUGCCUGCGAACCUGAGGAAAAGACUAAAGUUGCUGCUCUGAAGGACCAAUAAGUAAGGCUCGAUGGCGCUUUUAAAAUCUUUCACUUUUCUAAAUUUGCUCUUUACUUACCUAUCUCUAGGACAAGCUACUGGCCCCAAUUUAUUUUUGCAAUGGGCUCAACACUACGCUGACAGUUUACAGAAAAGUUCCUGCUGGAUUUGUGGCCUCCUCCCUUUAUCCAGCACCUCAGGCCUCCCGUGGUGGGUUUCUCCUUUACAAGGCACAGACUGGCAUUACUUACACCAAUAUGUAAAAGAUAUGGUUUUCCAGCCAAAUACAAGCAUAUAUAGGGACAUCUCUAUCACUAACGGCAAUGUUUCUUGUUGGCCUAUGGUAAAUAUUACCUGGAAUUCUCCAGGCCAUAAAAGACCUUUUUCCUACCCCCAGACUGCCAAAAUCAUGACUGAAUAUGCCAACUCUAAGACUGAAAAUAAGAAAGCAUUGUGGGGAACAACUAAGCCUAAUAAUAUGAGAUAUACCGAGGAUGGUUAUUUUCAAGUAUGGGAUGAAUUUAUGUGGCUUACUCCUACCAUAGGCCAAUUAAACCAGAAAGCUCUUUUAUGUUGGGAGCAAAGAAAUCAUACCUAUGAUGCCUGGCCUAAUAGCACCCGUGAAUUAGGAUGGCUCUCCCGAGGAGCUUGUACCCAUAUCAUUGUUUUACAAUCAACUGACUGGUUUGCUACUGAUUGGAUAAGACGACCAGGCAUCAGAUGGUUAGCACCCAAUGGAACUCAGUGGCUAUGUGGCACAAAUUUGUGGCCUUGGCUACCCCCUGGAUGGAUAGGGCGUUGUACCCUGGGUUUUCCCUGGAUACAAGGGAGAUUGCGUAAAAAAUUAUCUAUGCCUGCAAAUUAUCCCCAUCUACUCCAUCGCUGGACACGGUCAGUCUUCCACUGGUAUGAUCACCUGUUAGGUAUUUUCCUGCCCCAACUGGGAAUAGAAGACAUAAUCUGGCACAUAGAGGCCCUCACAAACUAUACCAAACACGCCCUUAAUGAUACUAUGCAUGCACUCAGCCUGUUAAAUUCUGAAGUUGCAUUAAUGAGAAAGGCUGUAUUACAAAAUAGGAUGGCCUUAGACAUAAUAACAGCAGCUCAAGGAGGAACCUGUGCUAUCAUUAAGACUGAAUGUUGUGUAUAUAUCCCAGAUAACUCAGCUAAUGUAUCUAAACUUUUAUCAGACAUGCACAACCAAAUUGAAGCAAUGUCUGACUCCUCUAGUUCCCUCAAUGAUUGGAUUUAUUCCUGGUUUAGUGGAAAUGGAUGGUCUUGGUGGAAAAAACUUCUUUUACUAGUAGUAGCAAUAGUUCUGCUAGGGCUUUUUCUUUGCUGUGGGAGCUAUUGUUGUUGCAUGUUCUGCAUAAAUAUGUCCGAAAAAUUAUCAGAACGGAUAUUCUCUAGGAGGCGUUCUAUUUUAACGAUGAGGCCUCAUGAACAUCUUUGACAAUCUACAAGUAGGGGCCCUUCAUUUAAUUGGGAUUUUUAUGCAUUCCAAUAGGCAGGGUCUACAAUCCCUUUCAGCCUGAAGAAGCUACAGAAGAUGAGACCUUCGCCCUUCAACACCCCUUAAGAAUAUGAGAAUGAAAAUCCCAUAGCAGGGAAUGAGACAGGGAAAUCGAAGGGGACCCCAUGAGAAAAAAAAAAAAAAAGGUUUGGCUGUUUUUUUUCCCCCUUUGUUUCUUUUUCUGGCUUCUAUUCUUGCUAGGACCUGCACCCCUGCCCUACACAUACCUUAAUGUAUGUCCUCCUCAUAAGGGAUGAGGAGUUAAUGAUUUCUUUGGAGUCUUCUAGCACAACAGAUACCAUCUAAGGAAUGACCAGGUGAGGCCAUUAUGUGCACAUUAUAGACCACUGUCACUAAACACCUUGAUGCCAAGACCCCCGGGCUCCAGGGAAUAAGUGACUUAUGAUGGACACCUGGACCCUGUCUUCAUUUUGAUCGGUUCCUGGAUGCCUGAGAAGACACAUGCACCAGACCACAAUCAUCAAUAAAAACCUCAGACCCCAAGCAAAGACUCCCUCUUUUCCUUUCUGAGUCACCCAGAUACUCCAUCUGUAUCUGCUCUCUAUACCUUCAAUAAACUCUGCUUUCACCUCC